AUGGGAAUAAAGUUUGGUAAACAGGAACUGAUUAUGGGAGAUUCUUUUCCUUUGUCUGUGGUCGAUACACGUUAUGCUGGUGGAUGUUAUUUGUAUGUACACGAUCAAGGUGAACUGAUAGAGAAGCAUAAACAUCACAGUCUGUCUGUCGACGUUGCUGGCGAGAGUCGUGUUAGUGUUACUGGUGAAAUUGAUAAAUUAUGUGGAGUGAUGCUACAUGUAACUGCAAAUUCAACUGGAAAAUCUCAAUUCGGUCAUGGAAAAGCAAUGGUUAGUGGAAGAAAAGGCUCUAUAUACUUUAUCGGUCAACUGGCUAAUACUCGAUACGAAAUCCCUGGCGAAUGGGUGUCUCAUCUUAUCAAUGCGGGUGAAGAAAAUUACAAAGAUCUUGUCGAACACAAUAACGGUGCGGAACAAUGGGACGCAAAUCUGAAUUGUCAAGUGUUCGUGCAGAAACUUGUGAAAUAUUUGGAUCUCGACUAUCUUUCGAGUAUUUUGACUUGUGUUGAUAUUCCACCAACAAUUGUCGAGUUAACAAUUCUGGCAAUUCGUUCAUCUGCUCAUUCACAAGAAAAACUAUGA